CCUGUGGAGAACAUAGAGGAGGCACAAUUCCAAAGGCAGUUAAAUAAGAAGUGUUUGAAAUUUGACGUAUAUUCCCAAACAAGAAUUCCUCAGGGGAAGGUGCUACCCUCACCAUGUGGCUGUACCUGGCAAUCCUGGUGGGCCUGUACUACCUUCUCCGCUGGUACCGGGAGAGGCAGGUGGUGAGCAACCUCCGAGACAAGUACGUCUUCAUCACAGGCUGUGACUCGGGCUUCGGGAACCAGCUGGCCAGGCAGCUCGACCUGCGAGGAUUGAGGGUGCUGGCCGCAUGUCUGACGGAGAAGGGGGCUGAGAAGCUGAGGGACCAGACGUCAGACAGGCUGGACACGGUGAUCCUGGAUGUCACCAAGACAGAGAGCAUCGCUGCAGCCACCCAGUGGGUGAAGGAGCACACGGGGGACAGAGGACUCUGGGGCCUGGUCAACAACGCGGGCGUUAUUCACUCGGUUACCUACAGUGAGUGGCUGAAGAUUGAAGCCUAUGAGACUGUCCUCAAAGUUAACCUCGUUGGUGUGAUGGAGGUGACCCUGAGCAUGCUUCCCUUGGUGAGGAAAGCACGGGGGAGGAUUGUCAAUGUCUCCAGCAUUCUGGGAAGAAUUGCUUUCUUGGGAGGAGCCUACUGUAGCUCCAAGUAUGGAGUAGAAGCCUUUUCAGAUGUUCUGAGGCGUGAGCUUCAACAUUUUGGGGUGAAAGUCAGCAUGGUUGAACCUGGCUACUUCAGAACCGGAAUGACAAACGUGCAGAAGUCCUUAGAGACACUGAAGCAAACCUGGGAAGAAGUCCCCACACAUAUUAAGGAGAGCUAUGGACAGAAGCUUUUUGAUGCCCAUUACAAUCAAAUCAAACAAGCGUUGUUGGGUUCUAGCACGGACCUGAACCUGGUCACCGACUGCAUGGAACACGCUCUGACGUCUGUGCAUCCCCGCACUCGAUAUUCAGGUGGCUGGGAUGCUCAAUUUUUCUUCAUCCCUCUAUCUUACUUACCUACAACACUGGCAGACUACAUACUGACUAGAUCUUGGCCCAAACCAGCUCAGACAGUCUAAAGAAAACUGGUUUGGUGGCUCUUGAAAUGAAGAAGACAAAAGUCUGAAAUUGAUUGUUAGUGUCUCAGUAAUCCUUAUUUAGAAUCUAUGUAUUUUGUAACAAUAAGCUUUCUUGCCUAAAUUCAUUUAUCUGGUAUCAUUAGGGAACCAACAUGUUUAUAUUCCAGAUAUCCAAAGCUUAUUCCUUUAGGUGAUGAAUCUUUACUAUUUUAAUCAUUUUUUGAUGAGAAUGUUUCCAAAAUGCGUCACUCUUCCUUGCCUUAUUAAACAGAAUAGACUGAAAACAA